GCGCUCGGCGUGAACGGACGGACGGACACCAAGCCACCCCUGCAGCCACCGCAGCCACUGCCCAGCCCACGGCUCCGAGCCCGCACAGAGAUGCUGCCAGCCACGUCCAAGCUCUGCGCUGCCAUCUCCUACCGCCACCUGCGCAACAUGACUGGGCUGAGGAGACAAGCUGCUGUGGCCAUCAGCCAGGAGCUGAGCAGGCUCGCCAGCCACAGCCCAGGACCCAGCACCUGGAUCCACCAGGUGCGCAGGAGAAGCUCCUUGCUCAGCUCAAGGCUGGAGGAGAAACCCUUCAGUGAGAUGGAAAUGUCUUAUAUCAAGCAAGGAGAGGAAGCCCUGCAGAAAUCCCUCAGAAUCCUGGAGGACCAGGACGAUUGGAAGACGGAGACAGUGGCGGGUAACGGAGAUAAAGUGCUGAGCAAGGUGCUGCCAGACGUGGGGAAGGUGUUCCGGCUGGAGGUGGUGGUGGACCAGCCCCUGGACACGGUGUACGGAGAGCUGGUGGACAACAUGGAGCAGAUGGGAGACUGGAACCCCAACGUCAAAGAAGUCAGGAUUCUGGAGAAGAUAGGGAAGGACACGGUGAUCACCCACGAGAAGGCGGCCGCCACCCCCGGGAACAUCGUGGGGCCGCGGGACUUUGUGAGCGUGCGGUGCGCCAAGAGGCGGGGCUCCACUUGCGUGCUGGCUGGGAUGUCCACGACCUACGGGGCCAUGCCCGAGCAGGAGGGCUUCAUCAGGGCUGAGAAUGGUCCCACCUGCAUGGUCCUUCGCCCGCUGCCCGGCAGCCCCUCCCAGACCAGGCUCACCUGGCUGCUCAGCAUCGACCUCAAGGGGUGGCUGCCCAAGUCCAUCAUCAACCAGGUGCUGUCCCAGACACAGGUGGACUUCGCCAAACACCUGCGGCAGCGCCUGGCCCGGCCGGUGCCUGUGACCUGCUGACCAUGCCCUGCUGACCAUUGCGGCUGACCAACCCUAAUGACCACACCCUAAUGACCACACCCCACUGACCACGCCCUACUGGGUUUCCUUCAGGGGCACAGUGUGGGAUCUUGUCACUUCAAUUAACCAAGGCCUUUAAUAGCAGACUCCACUAAUUACUGCGUAGUUACAAUCAAUAAAUAUAAAGGUUAUUCAUUGAAGCUCAUUGUGUAAGUGCAGGACCAAACAUUUAAUUCCUGCAGUUGCUUAACUGAGCACCUGCUGGCCCAGGCAGCCAACUCCACCCUCCCUAAUUACUUUCAAUGAAUAAAGCUUUAAUUAGUGCUGUCUACAAUUAAAGGUCUGGGAGAUAGCAGACUGGGAAGGUACAACCUCAGUGAGGCAAACACAAGCCUGAUUGAACCUCAAAUUUUACUCUCCCAAAACUCAAACACAGCACUCACUUAAUUUUGUUUCCUCUCCCCCUCAAAGCAGCUGUAAUUUAUUUUUUCCCAUUCCAACACAUAAGAAGCAUCAAAUUAUUUAUUCACCCAAAGCUCUGCAAUGAUGACCAUUAGCAGGAGGCCCCAUGUAACUCCGUGCACAGGAGAUCUUCAGCUCAAGUGUAGCUACUUUGAGUUUAAAUGUCACUUGUAACAAUUUAUAAGAC